GAUGGAUGUCUGGAUUGGCUGAAGUGCGGUGGUACAGGGCAUAUUGCUUUUUUCAGUAGCUUGUUGUGAAAGCAAGAACUUUUCCUCGAUGCCGUCUUAGCUAACAAUGGCAAAACCACCAAGUAAAGAUCCUGGGCUAAAGGAGAAGUUUAAGAGCCUCUUAGGACUGUCAUCCAGGCCUAAUUCUAAGUCAUCUGAAGGAAAACAGACAGAGUUCAUCAUCACUGCAGAAAUACUCAAGGAACUGAGCAUGGAAUGUGGCUUAAACAAUCGGAUAAAAGCAAUUGGUCAAAUCUGUGAGGUAGCCAAAACUAAAAAAUUUGAAGAGCAUGCAGUGGAAGCUGUUUGGAAAGUAGUAGCUGAUAUGCUGCAGCCAGAUCGGCCAGCUGAGGCCCGGCAUGCCGUCCUCCAUCUGCUGAAGGCAAUUAUUCAGGGACAAGGUGAAAGGCUGGGAAUUCUCCGAGCUCAUUUUUUUAGAGUGAUUAAAGAUUAUCCAUCUAACGAAGACCUGCAUGAGCGACUUGAAGUAUUCAAGGCACUGACAGAUAAUGGAAAAUACAUAACAUACUUGGAAGAAGAACUCGCUGAAUUUGUUCUUCAGUGGAUGAAAGUUGGUUUGACUUCAGAGUUUCUGUUGGUGUUGAUCAACUUAGUCAAAUUCAACAGCUGUUACUUGGAUGACUACAUUGCUGGCAUGGUCUACAUGAUUUGCGCCUUAUGCAUUCAGACCUCUUCUGCAGUUGACAUUAAGGUUUCCCUGCAGGUUUUGGAUGCUGUGGUGUGCUACAACUGCCUGCCUUCUGAAAUACUCCCAAUGUUUAUCAUCACCUUGUGCUGGACCAUCAAUGUGAAGGAGCUCUGUGAGCCCUGUUGGAAGCUCAUGCGGAGGCUGUUGGGAACUCACCUGGGUCAUAGUGCCAUUUAUAACAUGUGUCGGAUCAUGGAGGACAGGACCUACAUGGCAGAUGCAGUCCUCCUGAGAGGGGCUGUCUUCUUUGUGGGGAUGGCCUUGUGGGGUGCACAUAGACUGCAAUCUCUCAAAAAUUCACCAACAUCUGUGCUUCCGUCUUUCUUGAAGGCCAUGACGGCUCCCAAUGCCAUUGUGUCUUAUGAGAUCGUCCUCUCCGUAACGAGGCUGAUCAAGAAGUACGGCAAGGACCUUCAGGCAGUCACCUGGGACGUCCUUCUGGAUAUCAUGCAGCGCCUGGUCGAGCAGCUGCAGACUUUGGAAAGCCAGGAGUUGAAAUCCAUUGUUCACGAUUUGCUGACUACAGUUGAGGAACUGUGUGACCAGAAUGACUUCCAUGGCUCCAAAGAAAGAUACUUUGAACUUGUGGAGGGAUGUGCUGACCAAAGGCCCGAAUCUUCGGUUCUCAACCUUAUAACCUACCGAGCUCAGUCCAUCCACCCUGCGAAGGACAGCUGGAUCCAAAACCUGCAGGUGCUGAUGGAGAGGUUCUUCAGAAAUGAGAGUCGGAGUGCUGUUCGCAUAAAGGUUUUGCACGUCCUGUCUUUUGUGCUGAGUGUCAAUAGGCAGCUUUAUGAGGAGGAAUUGAUUAACCUGGUCAUCUCCCAGCUGUCUCAUAUCCCAGAAGAUAAAGACCACCAAGUCCGCAAACUGGCCACCCAGUUGCUGGUGGACUUGGCUGAGGGUUGCAAUACCCAUCACUUCAACAGCUUGCUGGACAUCAUCGAGAAGGUGGCUUCCCAUUCCUUGCUGCCUUCUGCUGACCUGGAAGAAAGAGAUCUGCUGUCCUACUCCGCCUCGUUGGAAGACGUGAAGACGGCCGUCGUUGGUCUACUUGUCAUUUUCCAGACCAAGCUGUACAGCUUGCCUGCCAGCCAUGCCACGCGGGUCUAUGAGAUGCUUGUCCAUCACGUUCAGCUCCAUUAUAAACACAAGUACAGCCUCCCCAUUGCCAGCAGUAUCCGCCUGCAGGUAUUUGACUUCUUGCUCUCGCUUCGUGCUGACUCUCUUCUCCACCGGCUGGGCCUCCCCACCAAAGAUGGCCUCGUGAGAUUCAGCCCCUACUGCCUCUGCGAUUCAGUGGAGCCCGAGAAGAAACUUGCUGGCACUCUCUCCCCUCCCUCGGGAAGUCCAGGCGUGCUCCCCCAGAACGCUCCCAUCCGCACGGGCCGCUUGUCUUAUUCUCUCCUCUUUGGAGUUCUUCUGCAGUGCUUGAAGCAAGAGACCGACUGGAAGGUGCUGAAGCAGGUCCUGAACAAACUGCCCGGGUCCCUGCAGCAUAAAGUCCUUUACCUGACCUCUCCCUGCAGUAUUGACCACCUGUCCUCUGCUCUGUGCGCUACGCUCACAGAUAAGAAGGUGACUGAGCGGCUGAGGGACGCCUCGGAAGGGCUGUCCCGGAACGACCUGCACCCGGCUGUGGUUCCAGUCUUGACUGCUUUGAUCUCCUACCACAAUUACCUGGACAAAACGAAGCAGCGAGAGAUGGUUUAUUGCCUGGAGCAUGGACUGAUCUUCCGCUGCGCCAGCCAGUGUGUGGUGGCGUUGUCAAUCUGCAGCGUCGAGAUGCCGGAUAUUAUCAUCAAAGCUCUGCCAGUCCUGAUAGUUAAGUUGACACAUAUUUCAGCUACAGCCAACAUGGCCAUCCCACUCUUGGAAUUCCUUUCGACACUGGCCCGCCUGCCUCACCUCUACAGGAAUUUUGCGGCUGAGCAGUAUGCCAGCGUAUUUGCCAUCUCCUUGCCGUAUACAAACCCCUCCAAGUUUAACCAGUAUAUUGUGUGCCUGGCGCAUCAUGUCAUAGCCAUGUGGUUUAUCAAAUGCCGCCUUCCCUUUCGGAAAGACUUUGUUCCGUAUAUUACUAAGGGUUUGCGGUCGAACAUCCUCCUCUCCUUCGAUGACACCCCGGAGAAAGACAGCUUCCGGGCUCGGAGUACAAGCCUAAAUGAGAGACCAAAGAAUAGCUUUAAAGUAGCCAAAAAUGCCAGGCCCACCUUGAACCACUCUCCUCCUGUGAAAGCGCUGAAGGAACCCUCAGCUGUUGAUGCCUUCCGGUCCCGCAGCAUCAGUGUGUCUGACCAUGCCGCCCACAGCCGGAUACAAACCUCCAUCACCAGUUCCAGUCUGGGGUCUGCUGAUGAGAACUCCAUGGCUCAGGCAGAUGACAACCUGAAGACCCUUCACUUGGAGCUCACGGAGACCUGCCUCGACAUGAUGUCCCGAUACGUCUUUUCAAACUUCACAGCCGUGCCCAAGAGGUCUCCAGUGGGUGAGUUCCUCUUGGCUGGAGGGAGGACCAAGACAUGGCUGGUGGGUAACAAGCUUGUUACAAUCACUACAAGUGUUGGGACAGGAACCAGGUCCCUCCUGGGCCUUGACCACGGAGAGCUCCAUAAUGGCACAGAAUCCAGUUCAGAUCACAGCUUGCAAGUGAGACAGUCAAAGGAGGCACCAGCGAAACUCGAAUCUCAGGCUGGCCCACAGGUGGCUCGAACCCGCAACCGAGUCAGGUCCAUGUCAGGAGGCCAUGCCCUGCGGGUUGGUGCUUUGGACAGCUCUGCCGCUCACUUCCCAGCCGGUACGGUGCCCCAGGCACCCCCCAGCUCUCCUGCUCCUGCCACCCAAACUGAGAAGGCCAACCUGGCUGCUUAUGUCCCCCUCCUGACUCAAGGCUGGGCAGAAAUACUGGUGCGGAGGCCAACAGGUAACACCAGCUGGUUGAUGAGCCUGGAAAAUCCACUGAGUCCCUUUUCUUCCGAUAUCAACAACAUGCCCCUGCAGGAGCUCUCCAAUGCCCUCAUGGCAGCAGAGCGUUUCAAGGAGCAUCGUGAGACAGCCUUGUACAAGUCCCUCUCGGUCCCAUCCUCCAGCUUGUCCACAGGAACAGCCAAGCUGUCUCUGUUGCAGCGCGCCAACACAGUGGCCUCUUUCUCUGCCCUGGGCCUGACCAGUUCUCAAGGAAGGUUGCACAGGAGCAUUUCCUGGGCAGAAUCUGCAGUAGUGCUAGAAGAAGGAAGCCCCCCCGACGCAGAUCCGAAAGGAGUGGAAUUCCGCCCCAGGUCCCAGGAGAUCGAAGGCUUUGAAGCAGUGUCUUUGGGGCAAGGCCCGGGUGAAGAGAGGCCGGGCCGAGGCCCCUACGGUCGGUCAUCGUCGACGUCUAGUCAAGAGGAGAAAGCGCCCAGAGCAGAAGAUUUGGCUGCUGUUGGCAUUCCUAUCGAAAGGACCAGGAACUUGGAAGACAGCCGGGCCUUCGAAGCCCUCUCUUUCCAGCCGUCCCAGACCCUCAGCAAAUCCAGCUCGUCUCCAGAGCUUCAGACUCUGCAGGAAGCUCUCAAGGAUCCGGGUGGCGAAGAGUCAGCCCAGAAACUAAGUGGCGAGGUCAAAUCCAAGUCUCAGUCUGGUCACCUGGAAGAAGAGGCGGCUGGGGGCUGGCUGAGGAAGGGGGAGGAGGACCAGGCCCCUGGAGGGACAAGGCUGGCUUCGGGGACCCCUGCCUCUUCUCUCCACUCACCGACUGGCCACCGACCCCGAGGCUACACAAUCUCUGACUCGGCUCCCUCCAGGAGAGGCAGAAGGAUCGAGAGAGACCCUUUUAAGGGAAGAGCAGCAGCCGCCUCCAAUGCAGAAAAGGUUCCAGGCAUCAACCCAAGCUUUGUGUUCCUGCAGUUGUAUCACUCCCCAUUCUUUGGUGAUGAAUCCAACAAGCCUCUUCUGUUACCAAAUGAGACCUUUGAGAGAUCCGUUCAGCUUCUAGACCAGAUCCCUCCCUAUGACACUCACAAGAUCGCGGUGUUGUAUGUUGGAGAAGGACAGAGCAGCAACGAGCUCGCCAUCCUUUCCAACGAACACGGCUCCUACAGGUACACAGAAUUCCUGACCGGCCUGGGCAAGCUCAUCGAGCUCAAGGACUGCCAGCCAGACAAGGUCUAUCUUGGCGGCCUGGACGUGUGUGGGGAGGAUGGGCAGUUCACCUACUGCUGGCACGACGACAUCAUGCAAGCUAUUUUCCAUAUUGCCACCUUGAUGCCCACUAAAGAUUUGGAUAAAUAUUGCUGUGACAAGAAACGACACUUGGGGAAUGAUUUUGUUUCUAUCAUUUACAAUGAUUCAGGGGAAGACUUCAAACUGGGGACCAUAAAGGGCCAGUUCAACUUCGUACAUGUCAUCAUCAAGCCCCUGGAUUAUAACUGUAACCUGCUUACUUUACAGUGCCGUAAAGAUAUGGAAGGGCUCAUUGACACGAGUGUGGUGAAGAUUGUUUCAGACAAAAACCUUUCAUUUGUCGCCCGGCAGAUGGCACUGCAUGCCAAUAUGGCUUCUCAGGUCCAUCACAGCCGCUCUAAUCCCACCGACACCUACCCGUCAAAGUGGAUUGCUCGGCUGCGCCACAUCAAGAGGCUCCGGCACAGGAUCCGAGAUGAAACCCAGUAUCAUGAAGCUGGUUUUCCCACCGUACAUCCUCCGGUCCCUGCAAAAGCCUCGGCCCAUGUCCCUCAGGACCCAGCUCCCACCUAUGAAACUGGACAGAGGAAACGCUUGAUUUCCUCAGUGGAUGACUUCACAGAAUUUGUGUAGGGUGACAAGCGGGCUGAGCAGGCCUCUCCAGUGCCCAGGGCUUCUGUUUCUCCCUCCCAGGCUCCAGCUCCAGCCGUUUCAGCCUCUUCUCAGCCCAAGAGGUGGGAUUGCAGCUUUGUGCUCCCUUGAAAGCUGCUGGCCUAGAGAGACAUAUGGCUCUUGUGGGUUUUUUUUAACCAACAGUUUUGGGAUUAAGCUUCUUAAAGUGAAUGAAGGCACAACUCAGAUUUAUGAUGUUUGUUUGAAGUGGCAGAAGAAAACUCAGCAGCCUGACGUUAAUUUCCCCAAGGCCUCCAGCGUUCCUCUAGUGUGCUAGCAGAAUUUCAUAAAAUGUGCCUGCCGUUGACUUCUAUCCAUUGGGGUGAUUUGUGACUUGCAUUUAGGGUUUGAUCCUGCGAGAGCUGGGGAACCCUCGGCCUUCAGAGGAAAGCCAAUGUGGCAGAGGUGUGUGGGCAGUUAUUUAAGCUGAGCUUCAGGAGGCAUUUGGGGCUGAUGACCAGACAGUUUUGCUUAAAUCUGUCCUGACUGUUGAGAGCAACACCUACAUCAGAGUUAGGGAGAGCAUUCUGAGGGAGCGGGCCUCUGGCAGUUCCUUUUUUAAUAGGCUGCAGGGCUAAUGGGAAAUGUAAAAGUUUUCCUUCUCAACGAAAGCAAGAAUUUUGUUUGCUGUUCUAAA